UGUCUUGCCCUAGGAAUGUCAAGAGAUGCUGUAAAGUUCGGGAGGAUGUCCAAGAAGCAGCGGGACAGCCUGUAUGCUGAAGUGCAGAAGCAUCAGCAGAGGCUGCAGGAGCAGCGGCAGCAGCAGAGUGGGGAGGCGGAGGCCCUUGCCAGGGUGUACAGCAGCAGCAUUAGCAAUGGCCUCAGCAACCUGAACACCGAGACCGGCGGCACCUACGCCAACGGGCACGUCAUUGACCUACCCAAGUCCGAAGGUUAUUACAACAUAGAUUCCGGUCAGCCGUCUCCCGAUCAGUCAGGACUGGAUAUGACUGGAAUCAAACAGAUAAAGCAAGAACCUAUCUAUGACCUCACAUCCGUACCCAACUUGUUUACCUAUAGCUCUUUCAACAACGGGCAGUUAGCUCCUGGGAUAACAAUGUCUGAGAUCGAUCGAAUUGCACAGAACAUCAUUAAGUCCCAUUUGGAGACAUGUCAGUACACAAUGGAAGAGCUACAUCAGCUGGCAUGGCAGACCCACACCUAUGAAGAAAUAAAGGCGUAUCAAAGCAAGUCCAGGGAGGCUCUGUGGCAACAAUGUGCCAUCCAGAUCACCCACGCCAUCCAGUACGUGGUGGAGUUCGCAAAGCGGAUAACAGGCUUCAUGGAGCUGUGUCAGAACGAUCAGAUCUUACUUCUGAAGUCAGGUUGCUUGGAAGUGGUUUUAGUGAGAAUGUGCCGUGCCUUCAACCCAUUAAACAACACUGUUCUGUUUGAAGGAAAAUAUGGAGGAAUGCAAAUGUUCAAAGCCUUAGGUUCUGAUGACCUAGUGAAUGAAGCAUUUGACUUCGCGAAGAAUCUGUGUUCCUUGCAGCUGACUGAGGAGGAGAUUGCUCUGUUCUCCUCUGCUGUGCUGAUAUCCCCAGACCGAGCCUGGCUGAUAGAACCAAGAAAAGUCCAGAAGCUUCAGGAAAAAAUUUAUUUUGCACUUCAACAUGUGAUUCAGAAGAAUCACCUGGAUGAUGAGACCCUGGCAAAGUUAAUAGCCAAGAUACCAACUAUCACGGCAGUCUGCAACUUGCAUGGGGAGAAGCUGCAGGUAUUUAAGCAGUCUCAUCCAGACAUAGUGAAUACACUGUUUCCUCCAUUGUACAAGGAACUCUUUAAUCCUGACUGUGCUGCGGUCUGCAAAUGAAGGGGACGAGAACUCUCAGAGUCAUGGAAUGCAUCGCCGUUAAGACAAAAGCAAUGUGUUCAUGGGGACCUAAGGAAAAUGUCACUACUGCAACAUUAGGAAUGUCCUGCACUUAAUAGAAAUAUUUUUCACCGCUACAGUUUGAAGAAUGUAAAUAUGCACCUGA